AUGUCGAGCGAGCAAACAAUUUGUGAAGAAAGUUUGCAGAGUCCAUCAACGGACCAAGGCAACGUCGGAUCAAUGGUCCGUAUGCUUCAAGAGAGUGGAGACAACUUUGUCCAUUUGCUGCCGUCUCUAAAGCGUUGUGUGGACGACCUCUGCAGGAAAAUUGAGUGGAUUACACGAGUGCCACUUCAAUGCAACUUGGGAGAUGACGCAAGGAACCAAGUUAUCUCCUUUCUUCUCGAUUAUGGAACACUUCUCAAUAUUUUGGCUGAAGUCAACCCGAUUGUUAAAGGCAUUUGUAAUCGUCUAAAAGCUGCUCAAAAUAAGAACAGCGAGGAGAAGGACGAGAAGGAGGAGGAGGCAUAUUCGGAGCAGACAAAAAGAGGAGCAGUUAGCACUAAACCUGUGAUGUGA